UUGUGGGACGCGCUGGUUGGAAAACACAACGAUGGUGCGAGCUGGCUGGGCGUUUCUGGACAUUUGGAAAUUUUAGAAUCUCCCGCGAGAGAGUCGUCUUCGCAUGCGACUGGGGCUAGAGUGGCGUGGAGCUUCAGGAUGCAGAAGUACUCCCCAGUGUGACCUAUGAGACCAGUAAAGGCUCCCUAUUGUGACAUCUGAAGAAGACUCUGACACUUGCUGAUGCAGCCUGGAAUGAGGGUCAAAGACACUACCAGGCUGUAGGGAGAUAAGAACCACACACCAGGACUCCAGGCCUCUCACUGUUAUGGCCUCUCCCGUUGCGGAGCACAGGCUCCAGAUGCGCAGGCUCAGCGGCCAUGGCUCACGGGCCCAGCCGCUCCACGGCAUGUGGGAUCAUCCCGGACCGGGGCACGAACCUGUGUCCCCUGCAUCGGCAGGCAGACUCUCAACCACUGCACCACCAGGGAAGCCCAAUUUGACUUCUUUUGAUGGAGCUCAGAAAAAUAAUAGGAGUGAUAUGAUGUCAGCGUUAGGAUUAGGAGAAGAGGAAGGUAUAGAAUCACCUUGGGAUUCUGAGAGUAUCUCUGAGAGUCUUCCAGAGAAGUAUGUUGAUCAUUUAUCUGGAGCUGCAGGUCAAAGAGGAAAAAAUAUAUUAAAUGGACAAGUAGAAGAUGUGCCUUAUAUACCUUCUUGCAUGAGUGGAUCGAGAAACUUUAAGAUGACUAAACUAGAGGAUCCAAGAAAUGUAGGCAUACCAGUAGCCCACAUGGAUUCUCCUGAAAAAUAUCCUCACUUGAAGCCUGCAGUUGGAGUGAAAGAUUCUGUUCCUAAUAAAGCAGUAGGAAUGAAGGAUUUACAAACAUCCAGAUCAGAUUUGUCAGCAGAACUAGACUUAGAAAUAACAUCGGAGGAAGCACAAGAAAGGCUUGAUGGAAGUGAAAAUAACCACUCACAGGAUAAAGUUAUUUUAAAAACAUGUACCCUGACAGAAAAGACAUCUGAAAAUCAAAUCAAGCCAAUUGAUCUUCUGCUUUUGCAUCUGCAAAAAAUGCCUCAAGAACCAGAAAUGAAUAAGGAAUGUGAUAGAGAGGACAUAUCUGUAUGUUCAGGACUUCCUUGUGUACAAAAGCAUGAGGAAAUGUGGAUCAAACGAGGCAAAUUAGGGUGGAAAAAUAACUUCAAACGCAUCACAAAUAAGUUAAAGUGGAAGUUUGGUGGAACUUUUGGAAAAUACAAAAUUACUGUUUGUCCUGAGGAAGAGCCACUACAUGAUAACCCUAAAGAAGGAGCAAACAUAAAGGAAAUACCUUCUAAUUUGAAAAAUAAUAUACCUGACUGUGAGGCAAAAGUUGCAUUUGGAGUAUCUGUCUCUCUAGCAUUCCAAGCAUUUCCUGAACAAAAAGACCCCAGUCUUGAAAAUGUUUUUCCAUCUUAUUUAACCUCUGGGUCUUGGGGACAUGCUUGCCCGUCAUCUUCACAGCUUUAUUUAAAUGAAAUUAAAUUAGACUAUAAAAGUGAUAAACCAGACACUGAACAUGUUUUUAACAAAAAUGAGGAGAGUUUUUAUAAUGAUACAGAAAAUAAAAAAGUAAGGGACCCAGUAGUUACAUUUGAAAUGCAAGAAGACCAAGAACUUGAUAUGCAAAUGUUACAAAAUAUGAACCAAAAUACCACUAAUUGGAAAUUAGACAUCGGAUGUAUACCUCAGUCUAGUGAUCCCAAAAGACUUUUUGAUUUAUGGCUUGCCCGCUCCAAUGAAAUGAAACACAUGAUUCAAAUAAAAAGUCGUGAUAUUUCUGCUGUUACAAAUACUUAUAAGAAAACCAAACCAAUACAAGACUGGUUCCAGAAGCCAUUGCUUGCAGAUAAUUGCAGUGCUAAUAACUCUAAAAGCAUGCAACCUGAAUUAGAAAAUGGGAGUUCUUCUCCACUGAAUAGUAACAGAAGAUCCAAAGUGUAUCUAAAUGAAGAAUUACAGCAAGAUAUGCAAAGGCUUAAGAAUGAGAUAGGCAUGUUACAAGUAGAGUUCCUGGCUUUCAGAAAAGAGAAAAUUCAACUUCAAAAAGAGGUUGAAGAAGCAAAGAAGCAGCACAAAAGUAGUGAAAUGGAAGUAUCAGAAAACAUAUAUGAUGCUGAUGAUAGUGGAUUAAUUCAACAGAGAAAGAGCAGAAAAACUAAUAACCAACAGUUUCCUACCAUGGAGAAUGAAGAUUCUGAUAGUAGCGGUCCUGGCGUGCACAUGAAGGAAGUAAAGAAAAAUGAAAAUGAAAAAUGGACAUCAAAAGAAUGUGUGAUUACACCAAUGUUUGAGAAGGCUGAUUCACUGAGUGGUGGUCUGCUACACAUGAAGGAUGACAGCAGUUCAAGUGGAGUAGAUCAGGAUGAUGGCAGGGCUACAAAGGAAACAUCUAAUGAAAAGAACAAGGUCAAAGAGCAAAUUAAUUCUAUGGAUGACCUUGAUGACUUAACUCAGUCAUCUGAAACAGCUUUGGAGGAUUGCCAGAUGCUUUACUCUAAUUAUAAGAAUUCCAUGUUGCUAAUAGAACAACUUGGCAUGGAGUGUAAAGAUUCUGUUAGCUUAUUGAAAAUUCAGGAUGCAGUUCUUUCAUAUGAAAGAUUAAUAGAACUUAAAAAAGAUCACUGUGAACUACUUACAGGAAAAAACAACAAAAUGGAAAGUAAGGUUACUGGGCUACCAAAGGAGCUAUCAGAAACAAAAGAAAUGAAAUCCCAGUUAGAGCAUCAAAGAGUGGAGUGGGAACAAGAGCUCUGCAGCUUGAGAUUCACCCUAAAACAAGAAAAAAAGAAGAGAAGAAAUGCUGACAGGUUAUAUGAAAAAAUUAGGGAGCAGUUAAGAAGAAAAGAAGAGCAAUACAGUAAAGAAGUUGAAAUGAAACAACAACUUGAACUCACUCUCAGAGCACUAGACAUGGAACUGAGGACUGUGAGAAAUAAUCUGAAUCAGGUUGUAGAAGAGCGAAAUGAUGCUCAGAGGCAGCUUUCUCGAGAGCAGAAUGCCAACGUUUUACAAGAUGGGAUCCUGACCAGUCACCUUGCCAAACAAAAGGAGAUAGAAAUGACUAAUAAGGAAAUUAAUUCUGAGGUGUCCGAUAGCCCUGAAAAAGAAAAAGAUCUGUUACAUAAAAACCACAUGUUGCAGGAUGAAGUUGCCAUGCUAAGACUGGAAAUCGACACAAUAAAAUGUCAGAACCAGGAAAAGGAAAAGAAAUAUGUUGAGGACAUUGAAAUUGUAAAAGAAAAGAAUGAUGAUCUUCAAAAGACAAUAAAACUGAAUGAGGAAACAUUAACAAAGACAAUAUUCCAAUAUACUGGACAGCUUAAUGUUCUGACAGCUGAGAAUACAAUGCUAAACUCUAAGCUGGAGAAUGAAAAACAAAGCAAAGAAAGACUGGAAGCAGAAGUGGAAUCCUACCGUUCUAGACUGUCUGCUGCCAUACAUGAUCACCAUCAAAGUCAGACAUCAAAAAGAGACCUGGAACUUGCCUUCCAGAGACCAAGAGAUGAGUGCUUAUGCUUGCAGGACAAAAUGAAUUUUGAUGUGUCUAACCUGAAAGAUAACAAUGAGAUGCUUUCCCAGCAACUUUCUAAAGCUGAAAGUAAAUUCAGUAGCCUAAAAACCAAGCUCCAUCACACGAGGGAUGCUCUCAGAGAAAAGACUUUGGUGUUAGAAUGUGUACAGAGAGACCUAAGCCAAGCACAGUGUCAAAAGAAGGAACUUGAACACAUGUAUCUAAGCGAACAAGGCAAAGUGAAUAAAUACAUUGGAAAGCAGGAAUCCUUAGAAGAGAGAUUAUCUCAACUCCAGAGUGAAAACAUAUUGCUCAGACAGCAACUGGAUGAUGCGCAAAACAAAGCUGACAGUAGAGAGAAGACAGUAAUUAACAUCCAAGACCAGUUUCAGGAGAUUGUGAAAAAACUUCAAGCUGAAAGUGAAAAACAAGGUCUGAUGCUGGAGGAAAGGAACAAGGAGUUAAUCAAUGAAUGUAAUCAUUUAAAAGAGAGAAUGUAUCAGUAUGAAAAUGAGAAAACAGAAAGAGAAGCACUUGUGAGACAACUUCAACAAGAACUGGCUGAUACCCUAAUAAAGCAAUCUAUGUCAGAGGCUUCACUGGAGGCCACGUCACGUUAUCGUACUAAUUUAGAAGAUGAGGCACAGGAUUUAAAGAAAAAAUUACAUCAAGUCACAAGUCAGUUGCAAGAAGCACAGGAUCGAUGUACAGAGGCCAUGAGAUGUGCUGAGAAGACGCAGGAUCACAUCCAAAAGCUUGAAAUUGAAAAUGCCAAGUUAAAACCUACAGUCAAAAAGCAAGCGGAUAAAAUUGAAGAGCUUCAGAAAAACCUGUUAAGUACAAGUUCAGAUGAAAAGGAGCAAUUAAAGAAAUAUAUUGAGCUAAAACAGUCUCUGGAAUAUAGUUUGGAUCGAGUAAUGAAGAAAAAUACUGAAUUAGAAAAAGAGAUUGCUGGACAUUUCUACAGACUUAAGAAACUCUUAAAAAUGGCAAGAAGGAAGUUAAAUGAAUAUGAAAAUGGAGAGCUUAGUUUCCAUGGAGAUUUAAAAACCAGUCAAAGUGAAAUGGAUAUUCAGAUUAACAUGCUAAAACAUAAGACACAAGCAGCAUCUCAAGAAAACUUAGAGCAGUUAAGAGAGAAUCAUAAUGCUUCAAUAAGAAGUCCAAUGGAACUGAGAAUUAAAGAUCUGGAAUCUGAACUCUCCAAAAUGAAAACUUUUCAAGAAGAUUCUACUAAAGCAGAGUUGGAAAAAUAUAAGCAACUCUACCUCGAAGAACUAAAAGUUAGAAAGUCAUUGGCAAAUAAACUAAAGAAGACUAAUAAGAAGCUGGCAAAGGUCAGUACCAAACUACUGGUGGAGAAAGAGCAGAACAGAUCUUUACUCAGCACUCUUACUACGAGGCCAGUCCUGAAGCCACCUUGUGUAGGAAAUAUUAAUAAUCGUUUAGUGCUCACUAGAUAUCUUACUCCAGGAGAAAACUUAGGGAUUUCUACCUCAAGUUGGCGCCCUUCACAUGCGAGCAUGGAGAUUUACUGGACCAAGAUGUGGCAGGAGAUGGAAAAAAUAUAACUAGAGUACUAGAAAAAGCUGCUGCUGAAUUGAAUCAGCAUGCUAUAGAGCUUCUCAUCUAGGAGCUACUGAUGAGUCAAAUCUAAAUCAAGAUCUAGUUUUGAAAACAUCACGAGAAUAUGUACAGAUUUUGAAGAAAGAUUAUAUGAUCUAAAAGAUAAAUAGUAAAAAUUUCCCUCCUGGGUUGUUUGCAUAACAUUUUAGUUGUUUCCCAUUAAACAUGACGUGAAAAUCUGGAUUAAAGGAAAAUAUUCUUGUAUUAUAUGUGUAUGGUGAAAAUGUAUAUACUAUUUUAAACCAUGUUUCUCUGCAUCUAACUUACUUUUAAUAAGAUUUUGUGAAUCAAAACACUGUUGAGUUUUACAUACUCAAACUGAGCCCUGAUACCAGCACCCAGACAACCAAACUUGUCAUUGAUAUAUAGUGGUGUUGAUUGAUAGCUUUUUUCUAUUUCCAAUUUUAUCACGAUAUACAGACCUAAAGAUUUAGACAGACAUCAUUUGGAUAUACUGCUGCUAUGGCUAUUGUCAAUGUUUUGGGGUUUUUUGAAUAUUAUUUAUUUUUGAGUGUGUUGAGUCUUCGUUGCUGCAUGCGGACUUUCUCUAGUUGCGGCGAGCGGGGGCUACGGGCUUCUCAUCGUGGUGGCUUCUCUUGUUGCGGAGCCUGGGCUCUAGGCGCGCGGGCUUCAGUAGUUGUGGCAUGCGGGCUCUAGAGCGCAGGCUCAGUAUUCGUGGCACACAGGCUUAGUUGCUCCAUGGCAUGUGGGAUCUUCCCGGACCAGGGCGAACCUGUGUUCCCUGCAUUGGCAGGAGGAUUCUUAACCACUGUGCCACCAGGGAAGUCCUUAUUGUCAAUGUUUGGAUGUAUUACAAUUGUUCUAGUGCCAUAAAACUUAGUAUAUAUAACUUUAAACACUGAUUCAUAGAUCUU